GAUUAUUGUAAUUAAUCAUGGUGGUGGUCGCGGUGUUUCUUUACCUGGUUUGCUGUGUGCAGAAUACAGCUGGAGAUGAGAGCAUCAUCCUGCAGGAAGUGGAAGGAUCUGAUCUAACUAUCCGUACUGGUAUCACUGGUGUUCAGAGUGAUGCUCGUAUACAGUGGUUCUAUGGACCUGAGAAAGUAAAAGAAGAAAUAUUGAUUAGUCAGGUCUUUAUGGGAAACUCUGGUACAGAAAUCAGCAGUGAGAGAUUUAAAGGUCGAGUUCUGCUGGACAGAAUCAGUGGAGAUUUAACCAUCAACAACAUCAGCAUCAGUGAUUCUGGACUUUAUACAACACAGAUCACUACUGGACGUCUCAUAUCUAGAACUUUUAAUCUCAGUGUUUAUGCUCCAGUAUCUACGCCAGCAGUAACAAUAAUUAAUCAAACAAGAAAUAAUGAAACAAAAACUGACACCAGGACACUCGGAGAGUUUUGUUCCCUUCUGUGCUCUGUGAGGAAUGGAAGAGAUGUAAACUUGACCUGGUAUGAAGAUGACAAGAUCAUCAGUGUCACCAGUAACCCUGAUCUCAGUGUCUCUCUUAAUCUUUCACUUGAAAUUAAUCCUACAAACAGUAAAACGUUCAUCUGUGUGGCUGCAAACCCAGUCAGUAAAGAAACGGUUUCUAUUAACAUUGCAGAGAUCUGCUCUUCUAAACCAGCUGUUCCAGUUUACCGGUGGAUUCCAAUCCUAGUAUCAUUACUAAUAUUAUUAAUAGUAGCGGGAGCUGGAUUUUGGGUUUGGAAAGAAAACACAAGAAGACUGGAGAACGGUGUGCAGAAUACAGCUGAAGACGAGAGCAUCAUCCUGCAGGAAGUGGAAGGGUCUAAUCUAACUAUCUGUACUGGUGUCACUGGUGUUCAGAGUGAUGCUCGUAUACAGUGGUUCUAUGGACCAGAGGAACAAAUAUUGAUAAGUCUGAUCAUUAAAGGAGAAACUCUUACAGAAAUCAGCAGUGAGAGAUUUAAAGGUCGAGUUCAGCUGGACAGAAUCAGUGGAGAUUUAACCAUCAACAACAUCAACAUCAAUGAUUCUGGACUUUAUACAACACACAUCACUGCUGAACGUCUCAUAUCUAGAACUUUUAAUCUCAGUGUUUAUGGUGUGCAGAAUACAGCUGGAGAUGAGAGCAUCAUCCUGCAGGAAGUGGAAGGAUCUGAUCUAACUAUCAGUACUGGUAUCACUGGUGUUCAGAGUGAUGCUCGUAUACAGUGGUUCUAUGGACCUGAGAAAGUGAAAGAAGAAAUAUUGAUUAGUCAGGUCUUUAUGGGAAUUGCUGGUACAGAAAUCAGCAGUGAGAGAUUUAAAGGUCGACUUCAGCUGGACAGAAUCAGUGGAGAUUUAACCAUCAACAACAUCAGCAUCAGUGAUUCUGGACUUUAUACAACACAGAUCUCUGCUGGACGUCUCAUAUCUAAAACUUUUAAUCUCAGUGUUUAUGCUCCAGUAUCGACUCCAGAAGUAACAAGAAAUUAUCAAACACGACAGUAUGUUAAAGAAACUCACACUAUGAUACUUGGAGAGUUUUGUUUUCUUCUGUGCUCUGUGAGGAAUGGAAGAGACGUGAACUUGUCCUUGUCCUGGUAUGAAGAGGACACAAUCAUUAAGGUCACCAGUAACCCUGAUCUCAGAGCCUCUCUUAAUCUUCCACUUAUAAUUAAUCCUGCAAACAGUAAAACGUUUAUCUGUGUGGCUGAAAACCCAGUCAGUAAAGAAACAGUUUCUAUUACUGAGAUCUGCUCUUCUAAACCAGAUGUUCCAGUUAACCGUAUGGUUCUAAUCGUAAUAUUAGCUGCACUAUUUUUCUUCUUCUUGUUAUUACUAUUAGCUGGAGUUGGAUUUCAGAUUUGUAGAAAGAAGAAUAAACAACAGGAAAGUAAAUCCCGCAGUACUGGAUCCUGGACCUCAGUGACGUACACGCUAGUGAAGACGUGCUGA